AUGGUUGGAUUGACAAAAAACAACGUUGGACGUGUGUUUGCCACGCUCCGCUUCAUUUGCAAGAGAGAUAUAGAAGAUAGACCAAUCACCCCAUUUGGCGGGCGUGUGUACGUCGUCAAUUGUGACGAAAGUCAAUUCAAGCACAGAUCGAAGUAUCAAAGAGAUCGCAGGGCCAGCGAUGACGUGUGGGUGUUUGGCGUGAUCUCUAGGGAACACAGUCCUUGUCGCAGCUACUUUCAAGUUGUGAGGAGAAGAGACUGCCGAACAUUGUCCAAUAUUCUUCAAAGGGUCCUCCUGCCUGGGUCAGAAGUGCACACUGACGACUGGGCUGCGUACAGGAACCUUCACCUGUACGUUCCUAACGUGACCAUGCACAGAAUAGUUGUCCAUCAGAACAACUUCGUUGAUCCCGUUACUGGCGUACAUACGCAAGAGGCAGAGUCGGCGUGGGCGCGCGUCAAGUACCACGUAAAGAGGGAGAAAGGAAUCCGCCAAGGGGACAUCCAGGAUUUCCUUGACGAACACAUGUGGCGAGAUUGGCGCGGGCUGGAAGCCGUUUUCGAAAAUGUUCUGGCAAUAGUACCAACGUACUAUCCCUUAUAA